AUGAGAACGUACGUUAGUUACAAAUGGAUUGAUGAUCCCAUAGAAGGGCUUAGAGCACCAUGGAGGAAGAACUACUAUUUUAAUGUUAAUCUGUCAGCCGACGCUCUCAUUGAUCAUGCUUCGAGAAGGUGGAAUUAUGGUGCUCUGAAUGAUAACUUUGUUCCAGGAGACGUGGAGAUAAUCAAUCGGAAUCAACCGGUGGUUUCUCGAGAAGAUUUCUUCGUCUGGAAAUACAACAAAAGUGGCCUAAUCUCGGUUAAAUCUGCUUACUGGUUAGCCUCUUCGUUGAAAACAAGUAAUAGGCUGAGAGAUGUGAUCUGUUUGCCUUCAAUUAAUCCUAUCAAGGAGAAAGUUUGGGCGUUGCAUACAUCUCCAAAACUUAAGGUUUUCUUAUGGAAGAUGCUAAGUGAGGCUUUACCUGUUGCAGAAUUGAUUAAGGCUAGAGGAUUAAAAGUGGACGAUCUAUGUCAGAUUUGUGGUUUCGUGGAGGAAUCCAUCAAUCAUCUGAUGUUUGAUUGCACGUAUGCAAGGCAAAUAUGGGCACUUUCUGGGAUUCCGAACCCUGAAAAUGGGUUUCAUCAGUCUUCAAUCUAUGUCAACUUUAAUUAUUUAUUAGAAUUGAAGAAACUGAGAUGGGGCUUCACUGAUCUGCGAAGUCUAUGGCCUUGGAUCAUGUGGACUAUUUGGAAGACAAGAAAUGCUUUGCUGUUUGAAGGUACAAGAUUUAGUCCACUGGAAGUUUUUAACAAAGCGAAACAGGAUGAAGAGGAAUGGAGUUUGGCCCAAGUGGUGGAUAAAGAUUUUCAACAGGCAGGGAUUGAGAUAAGAGUCAAAAAUAAGAAGAAAUGGGUUUCUCCCCCUGGGGAGUGGCUGAUGUGCAAUUUUGCAUUUGACUGGUGUAAAGUUAGAAGCUUAAUGGGUGCUGCCUGGGUUUUAAGGAAUGGUCGAGGUGUUGUGGUCUGCCAUGGUAGAAGGGCCUUCUCUGCUAUCACUUCCAAAGAUCAGGCGAAGUUACAAGUAGUAUUAUGGACAGUUGAGAGUAUGCGAAGUAUGAGAUUCGAUAAAGUUGUGUUUGCAGGAGAAAUGGAAGAUUUAUUUGGAGCAGUUAACCGUCCUCAAGCUUGGCCUUCUUUCUUAUUCCAAGUGGGAGAAAUUGAAUCGGAAGCUAGAGGUAUUGAAGAUGUACGGUGGCAGGUGAUUACUAAAGACCAAAAUGGAGGGGCAACUUUCAUAGCUCAAAGCGUUACCAACCAGAAUAGGAUGCAAUCUUAUGUGGCCAGGAGUCAUCCAAUCUGGCUUUCUGGUUUUUUUGCUAGUGAAAGAUGUGGUCUCUGA